AGCCGUAGAGGUACCUCAGGGCGAAGCUGAUGCGGCCGCACGGCGCCCCCGCGCCGGCCUCUCCGGAACCUGGGGCCCCGCCGCCGCGCCGGCCGCCGGGUCCAGUGCCCUGGUACAACUCCGGCUUGAUCUGUCCGAUGAGCUUGGCUUUCUCCUCACCGCCUGGGCACCCAGCACAGCUUCCAGGACACGAAGAGGGAGACACCCAGAAGGACAAUGCCACAGAACGUCACGAUGACCGACAGCAGGCUCACGGAGAUGUCUGGAGAGAGUGAGGACAAAGGAGCACUUCUUGUGGACCUAGAGACCCUAGAGGAGACGCAGGCUCGGAGCCUGGGCAGACCUGUCAAAUCCUCGAAGCAGUAUCUGCGCCAGGUCAUUGCAGAAUACGAGGCACUGGACCGAGAGCUCCCGUGCAUCCGCAAGUUCCCCAUGCCACCUGCUGCCCAGCCCCUCUGUCUGUGCAUGGAGACCUCACCCGAAGAGGACCUUACCCACCUGGAGGUGCUGGAGGCGCUGGAGGCCGAGUUACCCGGGGCCAUGGAGAGCGGGCGUGUGAGGAGCAUCCGCUUUGAGAACGUGAACGUCAUCUGUGGGACUGCUGGGCGCCGGGACCGGUGGCUCAUCACGGUCACGGACUUCCAGACUCGCUCGCGCCUACUGCGCUCGGGGCUCCGCCUCCGCGGGCUCCACCACCUUCUCGUGCGCAACGACGAACUGCUGCUGGGCGAUUACCGCCUGCACCUGCGCCGCUCCCUGGUCCGACGGCGCAUGCUCGAGGCUCUGGGGGCGGAGCCGACCGAGGAAGUCUGACGUUUUGGGGGCGGGCCCCGGCUGCGCCUGCGCACCGCCCAGCGGGCUCGGGCGACCCACCCGGAAUCCCGAAAGGGGCGUUGCCUUCCCAGGAAGGAGGCGGGGUCGGCUCGAGGGGGUGGAUACUGUGAGUUUAAUUAUAAAGAAUGACCUGGUACAAAAGCCA